AUGGCUAACCCGAAAAUUGCUUUGUUUUUGUUCCUAAUUACUUCAUGGACUUCAAUAACAAUCAUGAUCAGCCAUGCCAUGCCGCCACCACCACCUAUCCAGUGCAAUACCAGAACCUCAAGCUGCACCCUCCACAACUCGUACGGUAUAUGGGGCGAUAGAAAAGAUUGUUACGCUUCGAGAGUCAUUUACCCAACAACACAAGACCAACUUCUUUCAAUCGUUGCAGACGCGACAAAAAACAAACAUAAACUCAAAGUAGUCUCCAAAUUCUCACAUACCAUACCAAAGUUUGCUUGUCCAGCCAUUGGAAACUCAUCGGUUCUAGUUAGUACUGAGAAAUUCAACUCAAAAAUUGAUGUCAAUGUUGAUGGACUCACUGUGACUGUGGAUUCAGGAGUUGGUCUUCGGGAUUUGAUAAAUAAAGUAGAAGAUGUAGGAUUGAGCCUUGUAGCUGCACCUUAUUGGGAAGGUGUUAGUGUCGGCGGGUUAAUUAGUAGUGGUGCUCAUGGGAGUUCUUGGAAAGGUAAUGGAGGUGCAGUUCAUGAUCAUGUGGUUAACAUUGAUAUAAUUGUUCCUGGUUUACAAAAUGAAGGUUUUGCCAAGAUUCUUCAUUUGGAUGCUACAAAUAAUGAGUUGUUUGAUGCAGCCAAAGUAUCAUUAGGUACUUUAGGUAUCAUUUCCAAGGUAACACUAAGUUUGGAGAAAGGGUUCAAAAGAAGCAUAACCUUGAAUUUUACCGACGACGUUGGCUUGGAGGAUAGGUUUAUGAGUCAUGCCAAAACUCAUGAGUUUGGGGACAUUACGUGGUAUCCCUCCAAACACACGGCUGUUUAUAGGAAUGAUGAUCGGGUUCCCUUAACAACAAAAGGGGAUGGUACCAACGACUUCCUUGGAUUCCAGUCUAAUCUCAUUGCUGUCUCUAAAACUACAAGAGCAACCGAGAAAGCAUUGGAAAAUAAGAGAAAUGUUAAGGGAAAGUGUGCAAUGGCAAGUUCAUUCAUAGGCUACAAGAAACUAAUAGCGAAUGGGUUGAAAAAUAACCUGAUCUUCACAGGAUACCCGGUAAUAGGCCGCCAAGGCAAAAUGCAAACCUCUGGCUCAUGCUUAUACUCAUCAACAAGAGACAUUUUAAACGCAUGUGCUUGGGAUCCACGUAUUAACGGAUUAGUUUUCUAUGAAAGCACUGCCAUUUUCCCAGCAGAAAAAUUCGCGAACUUCAUCCGUGAUGUCAAGAAGUUAAGGGACUUAAAUCCAGACAACUUUUGUGGUAUUGACAUAUACAACGGAAUUUUAAUACGUUUCAUCAAGGCAUCCACUGCAUACCUAGGCCAACCUGUGGAUUCAGUUGUGAUUGACUUCAACUACUAUCGAGCCGACUCUGCAAUGACACCUAGGCUAAACCAAGAUUUGAUGGAAGAAAUGGAGCAAAUGGCAUUCUUGAAGUAUGAAGCAAGGCCACAUUGGGCUAAAAAUAGGAAAGUUGCAUUUACAAAAGUUGAGAAAAAGUACAAAUACUUCAAUAAGUUUAUGGCAGCUAAGCUGAAAAUGGAUCCACAAAACAUAUUUUCAAGUGAGUGGUCCAAUGAGUUGUUGUUUGGAAGUCAAGGAGGAGAGGAUUACAAUGGAUGUGCAUUGGAAGGGGAAUGUAUAUGUUCGGCACAUAGGCAUUGUAGUCCAAACAAUGGUUAUUUUUGUCAGUCUGGUCUUGUUUAUACACAAGCUCUUGUUUGUAGAUACUCACCCUCAUCUUAUAGUUGAUUGUAUAAUUUUGUUAAUAUCACUAAU